ACUGUAGUCGAUCGGGGUUGCUAGUGUAGUUUCUCUGUUGGGUAACGUUAGAUACUGUACUCCACAGUGCAGGGUGGUUGAUUAUUCAUAGUCGCACAGAAGUUUUUUCCAUCGUUGAAUACUUUGCAAAAACAAUGAAUAUUUUGCCAAAGAAGAGCUGGCAUGUUCGCAACAAGGACAAUAUUGCCCGUGUGCGCCGGGACGAAGCUCAGGCAGCAGAGGAGGAACGGGAGGUUCAGCGGCGAGUGGAACUCGCGGAGCAGGAGGCACGAACAGCGUAUUUGAGACAGAAGGCACGAGCCACCCUCGACCAAGGAGAAACAUCGGAGUUAGACAGACGAGAAGAGCAGGCGAUAGGAGAGAGACACCUGAAUCUGUUUUCUUUGGAGGAUGGAGGACAGAAGAAAGGGAACGAGGAGUAUCUCAGAGAGAAAAAAGAAGAGAAGGAGCGACAGGAACGUGCCAUUGGUCUGCUGGUGUCUCUAGGACCUGCUCCUGGAACUGAGGCCACUCCUUGGUAUCUUAAGGACACGGGAAGUAAAACCGAAAAAGAAGAUGAGAGGGACAAAGCGAAAAAGGAAAAGGUUAGUAUCGACGACAAGGAGAAGAAAGACAGGAGACUUAAGGACAGUCUGGAUCCAUUGAGAGAGAUGAAGAAAGCAUUAGCGGUGAAGGACCGAGAGAAGAGUAAGAAGAAGGAAAGGAGAGACAAAAUGGAGAAGAAAAGUGGGGAAAGCUCAAUGGAAAGGCUGCGUGCAGAACGACUGCAAAGAGAAGCUGAGGAGAGGAGGAGAGCCCAGGCCUUGUUGGAGCAAAGGAGUGGGAGCGGGAAAGAGAAGGCCCAGCAGAGAGAAGUGGAUGACAGAGACAGACCUUACAACAGCGCCUAUUUCCCAGAACUGGCACGCAAAAGACAACGGAGAGAGUGGGAUCAGUAUGGCAUAUAAAUGAGAUCAAGCUGCUACUACUACUGGACGGUCAAUGUAAAACCCUCUCUGAGAAGAGGGAAAAUUUGGGGAAGUUUCUGUGAUUAAAAUUUGGACAAAGGAAAAGGUUGAAACUUCAAGUGUUUUUUUUUUUUUUCCUUAGGUGUUAUUUUUGAUGAUUUAAUUUCAGAGAAUGUUUGUUUAGAGACUAGGGGCAUGUAUUUAACAUUUUUUACUGAACCUUGCAAAACCUUAAGGCAAGUUGUAAGUUAUAUGUCAAUUUUAAUGGUAGUUGUGGAUGCUUGUCUGUAAAUAUGCAAAUUAAUAACAUUGUU